AUGGAGCAGCAUGAGUACAUGGACAGAGCCAGGCAGUACAGCACACGCCUGGCCAUGCUCAGCAACAACCUGACGCACUGGAAGAAGCUCCCACUGCUGCCAUCCCUGACUAACCAGCCACACCAAGUGCUUGCCAGUGACCCUGUCCCCUUUGCAGACCUGCAGCAGGUGUCCCGGAUAGCUGCCUAUGCCUUCAGUGCGCUCUCACAGAUCCAUGUCGACGCCAAAGAACUGGUUGUACAGCUUAGCAUCCCCUGAACUUGCCCCCAUCAUUGCUGCUUCAGUGCUUUGGGUUGUUUUUGGUUUUUUCCCCAUUUUUUUUCUCUUUAUAUCCCUUCCCUCCCCAUGCUGCUGCCACAGAACUUGGACAGAUACCCUGUUUCCUACUAAAUGCCAAGGCGCCCAUCAUUGGCACGUUGAGCCCACCUGCAUUGCUUGAGGCUUUCUCCUCCUCGUGGGUGGGUGGGUGUGCAUGGGGAAGAGGCUGUGUCAGCUGGAUGCUGCCUUGCACAGGGACAAGCACAAAGGGAACAGCUGGUGCCAGGAGGCCCUGGUGUGGGUCAGCACCAUGUGCCAGGUCACCAGGAUGGGUGGGCUGGAGCCAGGCAGAUGUGAUGCUC